AUGGCGCAGGUUCAAGGGGCAAUUGGCGAGAAGCUGUCGGAGGCUGACAAGAUCGCCCUUACGGCCCUCGCCACGGCGGGCAUGUACAAUGCGAUCGAAAUAUACGUUCUCAUCUUCACCACGUUCCGACGCCGACGCGGCCGAUACUUCUGGAGCAUGUUGGUUGCCAAUACGGGCAUCCUCUUCCACGCCUGCGGGGGAUUGGGCCGAUAUCUUCAAGCACAACGAACGCCUAUACCUGGUUCGUUUGCGCACGUCGGAUGGUACAUGAUGGUGACCGGGCAGUCCGUUGUCAUGUACUCCAGGCUACAUCUCGUUGUCUUCAACCGACUUACGAUCAAGCUGGUUCUCGCUAUGAUAAUCACCACCGUUUGUCUCGUCCAUAUUCCGCAAACGGUAUUAUUUUCACUAGUCUGGUCCGGAAUCGACACACCACUGUGGACCAAGCGAUUCAGUAUUUUCGAGAAAGUCUCCCUGAUGGUCUUCACAGUACAGGAAACCAUCAUCACCGGCAUUUUCGUUCGCAUGGGAUUUCACAACUUCAAAUCUUUAUUCGAGUUCAAAGGAAGGGAAGCCAAGACUUUGCUGGCAUACUUAAUCAGCAUGUUUGUGCUCGUCUUCCUACUCGACAUUUCCUUAUGCGUUCUGGAAUACAUGGACUACUUCGUGUUUCAAACAACGAGUAAACCGCUAGUUUAUGGAAUCAAGCUUAAGGUUGAGUUCGCGGUGCUCAACAAGCUCCUGGCCUUUACACGGAUGUCAUCUUGUAACUGUCAACGACUUGAGGAUCUACCAGCAGCCGCUCAAACGAAACCGUCGACACUAAACACAAGCCUCGUUACAGAACCAGUUACAGACCCAGUAUGA